AUGGGUCCUUACAAUCAAUUUACAACACAAACUGCAACUUAUACAUCGUCUUCAAGACUACAAGAAAGCAGUAAUGGAUCUAUUGGUGGUGUUACACAAAACAUUAGUAAUAUUGGUGGUCACAAAGGCCACGGUAAACGAUCAAGUACUACAACCAGUACAAGUUCAUCAAGUUCUUAUAAUUAUAAACGUUAUCCAGCUGGGUCGUAUACUCAAAAGCAGGCUCCAGUUGGAGGAAGUGUUGGUGGUAGUACUUAUUAUGAUCAACCACAAUAUAAUACAAGCAGUGGUGGAGGAGCUUACGGCACUUUUAGUGGGUAUGGUGAAUCUUAUUAUGGUAGUGAAGCUGGCUGUAAGUCAGGUGACAUGUACCAGAAUCGUCGACAAGGUCGAAUUCGUCGCCAAGCUAUUCGUUUACCGGAUCAACCGGGUGCUGUACGGCAAGUCAGACAUCGAAUGCCUACACCCGAACCAGAUAUACUUGAACGUGUUUAUAUUCGUCGACAGCCAAGUGAAAUUGUAGAAGAAAUUAUUGAAGAACCAACAACACCACCACCUCGUAUUCAAGAACGAACUGUUUAUGAACCAUCUGAACCACCACAAGUUGUACGGAAAGUAAUUCGUGUACCACCUCGUAGUCAUACUUGUCCAAUUCAUCAACAAGAAACACUAAAUCAAUAUGGAAGUUCAAGUGGUGCAAAUACUCCAGCUGCUGGUGGUGGUGCUUAUGGAGCAGGUUACGGACAUUCAGGACAAGGAUAUAAUACGAGUGGUAAUUAUUAUCAAACAAAUACUAAUUAUGGUUCUACCCAGCAAGGAUCACAAAAUAUUGCAGCUCAACAACAGACACCACACGGUUAUGGACAAACGGGUUACGAAAGAUACCAAGGAUCACAGCAGCCACCGACUAGUGCUCCAUUUGGUUAUAAUCCAUCGAACUCACAAGGUCUAGCCAACACCGGCAUGUAUCCACCUCAACCAGGAGCGCCUCCACCAAACUUCUCACAAAAUGCUUUCUGCUUUGAUGUAACUGGUGCUGGUGCCCCAACGUCUUACGCAUCCCAAUCAGCUCUUUCUAGUUAUGGUGCAAAUCCUCAGGGCUUUGGUGGACUACCAAGAGCCGCAAAUUUCGGAGCCCAAGGAUUUAACUAUGGAGGAGCAACAACAGGUUCUGGUCCAGCACCAGGCCUCGGAGCAGGCCAAGGGUUAGGACUAACUCAAGGUUUAGGAGGAGCACAGGGUUUAGGACUAACACAAGGUUUAGGAGGGAUCCCAGGUUUAGGACUAACACCAAAUUAUGGUGCAGGAGCUAGUUCUGGAGUACAUCACUUUGGUGGAUUAGCAGGUUUUCCUAGUAGUAGUUUUGGUGGUGGUGCCUCAGGUCUUGGUGGCGGCUUUGGUGGGGGGUUAAGUACCAUCGGAAACUAUGCGCCGGAUGGUAGCUUCGGAGGUGGAUCGCUCGGUGGCCCAGGCUUGGCAGGUUAUGGAGCUCAAAUUAAUCCGUACCCUGGAACUUUUAGUGGCGGUGCAAUGUCUGGCUAUGGAUUCAGCAGUUCAAUGGGAGGAUUAGGCGGGUAUGGUGGAUCGUUCGGUGGCUUCGGUGGUAUGGGUGGUAUGGGCGGUAUGGGCGGUAUGGGUGGUAUGGGUAUGGGCGGUAUGAAUCCAUGUUGUCCACCACCUCCAUGUCCAAUGCCAUGUCCAAUGCCAUGUCCACCACCACCAAUGUGUUGUCCAAUGCCCAUGCCAAUGCCAAUGCCAUGUCCACCACCUCAAAUGUGUUGUCCACCACCUCCAAUGUGUUGUCCACCUCCACCAAUGUGUUGUCCACCACCACCAAUGUGUUGUCCCAUGCCGAUGCCAAUGCCAUGUCCUCCACCACCAAUGAUUCAACAAGUACCAUGUCCAGUACCUGUUCCAGUUCCUCAACCAUGCCCUGUUCCUGUUCCUCAACCAUGUCCUGUUCCUGUUCCUCAACCUUGUCCAGUUCCUGUUCCUGUCCGUGAAUGUAUACCUGUACCACAUCCUGUACCAUGUCCGGUACAAGUUCCAGUUCCUGUUCCUCAAAUACAAUGUGUACCUGUACCUUGUCCUCAACCAUACCCAGUAAUGUGUCCCGUACCUGUCGAACGUAUUGUUUGCCAACCUGUUUGCAUUCCUGUUCCUCAACCAUAUCCUCAACCAUGCCCUGUUCCUUGUCCUCAACCAUGCCCUGUUCCUGUUCCUGUUCCAGGUCCUCCUCAAUGUAUACCUGUUCCUGUUCCUCAACCAUGCCCUGUUCCUGUACCACAACCUUGUCCAGUUCCAGUUCCUUGUCCUGGUCCACCACAAUGUAUACCUGUACCUGUACCUGUUCCUUGUCCAUGUCCACCACCACCAAUGUGUUGUCCACCACCUCCACCCAUGUGCUGUCCACCACCACCAAUGUGUUGUCCACCUCCACCCAUGUGUUGUCCACCACCACCAAUGUGUUGUCCACCUCCACCCAUGUGCUGUCCACCACCACCAAUGUGUUGUCCACCUCCACCCAUGUGUUGUCCACCUCCAUGUGGUCCAUUCGGUGGCGGAUUUGGCGGCGGCUUGGCAGGUUAUGGUGGCGGAAUGCCCUUCGGCGGAGGCUUUGGCGGAGGCUGUGGCGGCGGCUUAGCAGGCUACGGCGGACUUGGAGGCGGCUUCGGUGGCGGUAUGCCCUUCGGUGGCGGCUUCGGCGGUGGCGGUUUCGGCGGUGGCGGCUUCGGCGGUGGCGGCUUCGGCGGUGGCUUCGGUGGAAUCUGCGGUGUACCAAUUGGAUUUGGUUUUACGACGACAGUUGGCGGAAGUUUAGAUCCAUUCACCGACGAUUUAUAUGGUGGAUCACUUUCCUAUGGACCUGGCUAUGGUUUCACAGCAUCUGGCUUACCAUCACGAGCUGUAGGUGGUGGCGGUGGUUUCAAUCGUGGAAUGAAUCGUGCUUGCAAUCAACUUGUUUUAUUUCAUUUGAGUUUUUUACAAAAAAAUAACUAUGAUUUUGAAAUAAAACUCAAUGGAAUCAAUGAAAAACAACAAGAAAAUAAAAUAAAAGAUAUUCAAUUUGUCUUAAAUACAGUCAAUCCAAAAUAUACUCAAUUUGAACUUGCCUUUCGGUUUUUCUUUUUAAUAUGCACUGUUACGACUACAUGUCUUUUUACGAAAUCGAUGCGUCGAUUUUCUAUUUUGGACUGGGCAUUAGAACAACGAUGGAUGGUAUUUCUUCUCGUAUUCCUCGUUUUUUAUAAUGAUCCAUUUUAUCCAUUAACAUUCUUAGUAAACAGUUCAUUUCCAUCGAUUCUUGAUGGAAUCUUACAAACAACAUUUCUGUGCAUAUUAUUACUGUUUUGGCUAAGUGUUUAUCAUGGAAUUCGUCAAAGUACUCGUCGAUUUCUUCCAUUUUAUUUACCAAAAAUAAUUCUUGUCAGUGUUCUUUGGAUAUUUUCUAUUGUACUUUCAUCAACACGUACAACACAAGAAUUUCGUGAUCCAAUGUAUAACAUAACAAUUGAUAUAAAACAAUUUACGACAUUUCGUAUUAUCUUCUAUAUUGUUGGAAUAUUAUAUAUUCUCUACUUAUUAUUUCUCAUCAUUCGAGCUUUUGGUGAACUUCGAAAUACACCAUAUUUUGAUAUUCGUUUAAAAUUUACAACUUUAUUAAUGCUAUGUGUUAUAUUAUUUUUAAUUAUUAUUACAACACUUCGAUUUAGUUCAAGUAUUAUUGAAGAAAAUUUCGUACCGGAAUUAGCAUCACAUUAUAAAAAUUCAGUUGAAUUCCUUUCAUUCUAUAGUGUUAUUAAUUUAUAUCUAUUUACAAUGGCGUAUGUUUAUUCACCAGCAAAAAAUGCUGCUUUUGAUUCAUUAUUUCGUGAUAAUCCAACAUUUUCCAUGUUGAACGAUUCAGAUGAAGAUGUUGUUUAUGGAUCUGAUCAUGAAGUAUCUCGAUUAACAUCAAUAGAAAAUUAA